AUGUCGUCUACGGUAGAUUCCAGCGAUUCGGACAACAAUACUAGGCCUCAGGCAGGGCCUCCGCCGUAUGGGGGAAAGCCCAAGUCGAAGAAGAAGAAGAAGGCUCUGCCGCCUCAAGAGACUAUCAAUAAAAUUUGGAAACGAUUUUCUGCACGGAAAUUCAGCAAGGCGACGGUGCUGUUACCAUUUGCCGCGAACGAACACUCGGAAGACCACCCCAAAAAGCCUCAUCCGCCAUCUAUACCCGAACGAACGAACCUGCUUGUCUCCGAAGACUUCGAGAGAGCUGUGCAAGAAUGCAGAUCAAGGGUUAAAAAGCUGGUCAAGGAGUGUAAGAGAGUAAACAUGCGGUACCGCGAUCCAGACUUUGAUAUUGACUGGGAUCUGAAAUGGGAGAAGGGUUAUUGUCUGAAUGGACUCGGAGGCAGCAAAUUCGAAGUCGACGGACGGGCAUUUACACGUAUUACCUCAAACGUUCCAAAAGCAGUAAAGAGAGUCCAUGAGAUUUUCGAAGAGCCAACUUUUUUAAAAGAUAAAAUAUCACCUGCGGAUGUGAAGCAAGGCAGCAUCGGGGACUGUUGGCUCCUUGCAGGCCUUACCGCACUGGCUAACAUGGAAGUGGGAAUUCGAAGAAUAUGUGUUGAAUACGAUAGAAAUGGCGAAUGGAUAAUCUCUGUCAUCGAUGACAAAUUGUACCUCAAGUCUCCCGACUGGGACUCUCCCUCCGUUCAACGCCAUCUACUCGAACAAACAGAUCGAGAAGAUGUGGAAAAAGAAUAUCGCAAAACCUACCAAACUGGUUCACAAGCACUAUUUUUCGCGCAUUGUAAAGACCAGAAUGAAACAUGGCUUCCUUUACUUGAAAAGGCAUAUGCGAAAGCCCACGGGGAUUAUGCUGCAUUGAACUAUGGGUGGAUUGGAGAAGGGGUUGAAGAUUUGACAGGAGGGGUCACUACCGAGCUUUUGACUUCCGAUAUCCUCGAUACUGAUGAAUUUUGGAAUAACGAGAUUCUAAAGGUCAACAAGGAAUUUUUGUUUGGCUGCUCUACUGGACUCCUGGAUGGAGGCUACGGAAAUCGAGAAGGAAUCUCAGAAGGUCACGCUUACGUUAUCAUGGAAGCUCGAGAACUGUCAAGUGGGCAACGACUUCUCAAACUUCGGAAUCCAUGGGGCAAGGGCAAGAGAGGUAAUUGGGAAGGCGCCUGGAGCGAUGGUUCGAAGGAAUUUACUCCAGAAGCGCAAAAGGAGCUGAACCACCAGUUUGGUAACGACAGCGUGUUUUGGAUCUCUUACCAAGAUCUGCUUCGCAAAUACCAACACUUUGAUCGAACCCGGCUCUUCAUGGACUCUCCAGACUGGCGGAUCACUCAAAAGUGGAUCAGUGUGGAAGUCCCCUGGAAAGCCGAGUUUGAGCAGAAAUUCAGAAUUGUGCUCAAGAAGGAGUCGCCAGUGGUUUUGGUGCUCAGCCAACUCGACGACCGGUACUUUAAUGGCUUGCAAGGCCAGUACACUUUCAGGCUGCAAUUCCGGCUACACGAGGUUGACUCGCCAGACGGGGAAGACUUUAUUGUUCGGAGCCAUGGGAAUUACCUAAUGGAGCGAAGUGUGGUGACUGAGCUCAAAAGCCUUCCAGCCGGCACAUACUCUGUGUUCAUCAUGGUAGUUGCGGACCGCGACUUAACUCAAUUUACAAUUGAAGACGUGAUCAAAGAGCAAUGUAAACAGAAAGUCGAUAAUGACAAACUGGCCCAGGUAGGCACGUCGUAUGAUAUUGCCCACAGUAAAGGGGCCGUACACAUGGAAUCCAGAGCAGCCGCUCGCAAAACCCACGACAAACUGAAAGCACGAGAGUCACGUAUUGCAACUCGAAGAAAGAAUUGGGAGAAAAGACAUCUGAGCCGUCGUAUUGUCAGGAAGCAGGAGAAGAAGAACCGAGAGAAGCGUGAACGCAAAUAUGCUAAGGACGAUGCCGAUGAAGAGAAAUUUCAGGAUAAAGCUAUGCAGACGGAGGAUGCAAAGGAAGUGCGAUUUGAGAAAGAGGACAAGGCAAUUCAGACCGAAGACCCAAAUGCUGUGACCGAAGAACCAUCAACGUCGCAGCUGCCGGCGUCUAAGGAGAAUGACAAAGGCGUCCAGACCGACAACGCAGGUUUCAUUUAUUCAGACUCACAAGGAACACCUGAAACGCCAAAAAGCAGCUCCAUCGCCAACUCCCCUCGCCAAUUAGUCCACAUUCCCACCCAUGCUGCUGGUGGGCCGCCGCCGCCAGCACCGCAGAUAAUCUACAAACACCGUAGCCGAAAUGCUUCGAUGUCACAGCGCAACUAUUCGCACGCUCCUCAGCCGCAUCAAUAUUCCGUCACUUCUGAUGGUUAUUCGAGCGCUUCUCCGAUAUCCGAAUUCGACGACAUGUAUAGCGACGAUGACCCCACUUUGAAGCCGAGACUUGCCAAUACAGGUGGUACACCGAGCACUAGCAAACCAAAGACGAGUAUUAGCGAUGAUGAGGAUGAGACUGAGCCGUGGAACGCGAUUUGUAUCGUGGGUUUCAGGGUAUAUAGUAAAGAUGAGGGGUUGGAGGUCAAGAUUUUUGGAGAUGGCAAUGAUGAAGAGGUGGUGGAUAUUAUUGAUGAAGGGAGUGAGGCCGAUGUUGAGGAUGAUGGGGAGAAGAAGCAAAAUCUGGUGGGCGAAGGUACCAGUGAAACCAAGGACACGAAGGGAGAAGAGCCCAGCUUGCCUAUCCGAUCUAAAGAAGAGGAGCUGGUCUUCGUCGACGGAGAGAAGAAGGCUUUAAGUCUGGCUGGCGAAGACACCCCAAACAAACCGAAAGACGACGUAGUGGAAAGCACCAUCUCAACUCAGACUGAUAUUUCGCCGGACGAUAUCGAAAAGGACAUACGUUCAUUUACGACUUAA